AUGGAGCUUGCGUUGGACGAAGAAGGUGCCCAGGUGACGGCUGUGACAUCGUAUGACCCGAGUUUCCCGCCGGUUAAUAUCUUGGAUGGAGAACAAUCGUCGAAAUGGGUGACAACUGGAAGCUUUCCUCAAGAAAUUGUAGUCCAAUUGGCUACAACGGCGUCAGUUGUUCGUGCCAAAAUGUGGACGCGAAAUGCCAAGGAAGUGUCGAUAGAAUCUUGCAGCGGUCCGACGCCUACAAAAUGGGUUAAACUUUUUGAUUCAGAGUUGAAGGAGGCCGAAGGCGAAAUGCAAAUUGUUAACGAGAACGUCAAGCCGACUGAUGCGUCCUUCAUCAAAUUCAAAAUCGUCUCCGGCUGGGACGACUUUGUGGUCGUGCAUCGGAUCAGCGUGGAAGGCUCGAGCGCUCGAAGAUAA